AUGCACUGCCAAUACAACUACGAACUGUAUGUGUUCGUUUGUUCGUUCGUCGUUCGUUCAUCUCCAGGCAACCCAGACCUCAUCGACCCUGUCACUUACGCUCGCAUAACAAUUGCAAAUCCUUCUGAACUCGUUCGAGUACAUGUAUUUGUAACCAGCGCGGUUGUUGUCAUUUGUCAUGUUACGUUAUUCCUCCAAGGUGAUCGCAUUCCGCAGACGUCGAACGAGAGUUUUGAGAUGCUUUUUGCCACCACCUAG